CUCCCUAACCUAACUACAGGCGCAGCACGCAAGUGUUCAGAGCUAGCUCCUCCCACUUCCUGUACACCUGCAUAUAAGCACACCUGGAGCUCAGCAGCACAGAGCCUCCUAGAUUCUCCUGGAUCCCACUGUGCCUCUAGCUGAAGAAAACCCUGCCACCCAUUAUGGCCUCCAGCAUGUCGGUGAGGAGUUACUCCAUGAGCCGUCAGCCCUCCUUUUCCAGUCGUUCUCUGAUGGAAACUGGGCGUGCACGCUCCCGUGCUUCGGUGUCUUUCGCCUCAGCCAGCCCGCUGGGCCGCUCAGCCUCUAUCAGCCAGGACCUCAACGGGCCAAUGAGCCUGCAACUUAACGGAGUGCAUGGCAACAGCACCAACGACAAGGAAGCCAUGCAGAGUCUCAACAGCCGUCUGGCCAACUACCUGGACAAGGUGCGUUCACUGGAGCGCUCCAAUGCUGACCUUGAGAUGAAGAUCAAGCAGCUGAUGAUAGACCGCAUUCCCAAAGGUCAUGACCUUGAUUCCAUGAUGGCCCAAGCUCAUGCUGUUGAGCAAGAGGUGAGGAAGAAGACCUUGGAAAAUGCUCGUCUCAUGUUAGAGAUUGAUAAUGCUAAACUGGCUGCUGAUGACUUCAGAAUCAAGUGGGAGACGGAGCUGGUGAUGUGUCAGUCUGUGGAGCGGGACUGUGUUGCUCUGAAAAAGGCCAAGACUGACCACGAACAGAUCAUCGCCUCUCUGAGGGGAGACCUGGACAGCCUGAAAGAGGAGCUUUACUUCCUCAAGAAAAACCAUGAGGAAGAACUGGAGCAGAUGAAGUCUCGUAUUGCCAAAGAUGAGGUGAAUGUGGAGGUGGACUCUGGUCCCAGCGGGCCGGAGCUGGGCACCAUUCUGUCUGAUCUGCGUUCCCAGUAUGAGGGGAUUGUCAAGAAGAACAAGGAACAAGCAGAGCUGUGGUACCGCAAGAAGGGAAAAAUAUGCCCAUCACAACUACCAAAAGGCCAAGGAAGCCAAGAAUAUUUGCUGGAGAUGGUGCAGAACGAGGUGAAGGAGAGCAACGAGGCUCUGAGAGGAGCUCAGAGCGAGCUGAUCGAGAGGCAGCGCUUCCUGCAGACCCUGGAGGUGGAGCUGGAGGGUCUGCACAAACAGAUAGCAGCGCUGGAAGGUAACCUGGGUGAGACGGGUCAAAAAUACUCUGCUGAGAUGGAGCGGCUGCAGGCCACCCUGAACCAGCUUGAGGACGACCUCUCCCAGCUCAGACUGGACAUGCAGCGCACCAAGACCGAGUACGAGCAGCUCCUCCGCAUCAAGCAGAACCUAGAAAUGGAGAUCGCCACCUAUAGGCGCCUGCUGGAGGGAGAGGAAAUAGUCAAGGAAGUUCCUCCUCCACCAAAAAAGGAGCCUGAUGUUCGCACCAGGAAGAUUGUGAAGGUGGUGACUCAGACGAUGGUCAACGGCAAAGUGGUGGAUGAAUCCAGUGAGGUGGAGCAGAUCGAGGAGACCAAGAAAUAAAAAGGGGAAGGAGGAAGUGAAGAUAAAAGUUAAAAGAGAGAUGUAAAGAAGAAAAAUAUUAGUGUCCUACUAUAACACAUGUGGAGCAUCAUUUAUUCUUGCAACAGAAAAAACAUUGUUUUGAAUAGAGAAUUUUUGGUGGGCAUCACUCGACUGCGAAUGUUUUGUGUUUUCAGAGAAAUGUUUUCCCACAGUUCACCUAUAAGUUACACUUUGAUCAAUUGUUUUUGGAGAAAAUGCCACAAACAUAUGCUUUAGUUAUGCGUGCUUAUACUAAUUUUGAAUACAGAUGUGUGUGUGUGUAUGUGUGUGUUUGAGUGAGAGCAACUGACUAACCAUCUUCAUACUGUUAUACUAAUAUAAAGCUAUAGUUAAACAAGAUAUUUAUUUCUUAGUGUGGAAAAGUUUACCUUAGUAAAUGUAAUACAUACUUUAAUCCUUUUACAAGAAUAUCUUUUUCAACUGUUUUUGUGCUGUUUUUUUGUUUGUACUCUGUCUAAAUAAAGUUUCUUUAAUCCAU